AUGCCACCAUUCGUCCCCCGCAAGCGUGUCUCCUCCGAGGACCCGCCCCCGGCCAAGCGCCAUGCCCGGCCCGAUAAUAUUCAACCUCCACCUCCAGCAGAAUUCCACCUCUCCGACUCCGACUCCGAUUCCAGUUCAGCUCUGAGCGACGCACCUGAUGGGCUUCUCGACAAGGCCAAUGCGCCUAAUGCGCAGGAAUCCGAUGAAGACGAAGAAGAGGACAUUGACUGGGAGGAUGCGAUGGACGCAAAGACCACGAGCACCACGCCUAUCGUCGCCGGCCCGGAGCUACAGGACCUUGAAUUGACCCUGGAUAAAAACGAGACACACGUAUCCGAUCUUCCAGACGGCAAGAAAGGGCCUAGCAAGAUCGAGCGCCAAAUCCGGAUCCAGACGCAUUGCAUGCAUGUCCAGUGCUUGCUGUUCCACAACGCUAUUCGCAAUGCGUGGAGCAACGAUGCCAAGGUUCAUGAGAUUCUGCGUAAGAAACUACCAGAUGGAUUACACAAGGAAGUCAAGAAGUGGCGUAUAGCAUCCGGUCUGGAACUUCCACCGCCAACCCCGGAACCGCCCAAGAGUAAGAAGAAGGGCAAAAAGGCCAAGAAUAAAGAUUGGAGUGCUGACUCGGAGAGAUUGGAACCUGGCCAGCCGGAUAUGAGUCGGGGCGAUCCAAUCAUUACGUUGAUGAAGGUGCUGGUCGCGUACUGGAGGAAGCAGUUUCAUAUCACGGCGCCAGGUCUGCGGAAGUAUGGAUACCGACAGGUGUCUGCUCUUGAAGCUGCUAUCACUGAUUUUCGCGAGGAACAACAUGACCCAGAGCGUCAUGGUGAGCGGAUCGCUAAUCUUGAUGAGUUCCGCGCGACUGCAGAGCGCAUGCAGGGCUCGCGUGAUGUUGGAGCGCAGCUUUUCACGGCUCUCGUUCGCGCUCUGGGGAUUGAGGCCAGACUCGUGGGUAGUCUACAGCCGCUAGGCUUUGGCUGGACCAAGGGGGAGAUCUACAAUCCUACUACACCUGCCAAAGCCGAAUCAGCGGAAGACCCCGAUAAUGAAGGAGACUCUGAAGCAUCCGAGCCGGAGACGGAUGAGGCCGAUAACAAAGCACCGAAUAACAAGCGCAAGCAGUUUGACAAGGAUCUACCAUUUCCGAUCUACUGGACAGAAGUUGCCUCGCCUGUCACAAAUGAGAUCAUCUCCGUCGAUCCGCUCGUACUUUCCCACCCCGUCGCGCCGUUCAAUACAGAACUACAAGCCAACUUCGAGCCGCGCGGUGCAAAAGCAGACCGAGCCAAGCAAGUCAUCUGCUACGUGGUCGCCCACUCAGCAGAUGGCACCGCCAAAGAGGUAACCACCCGAUAUCUUAAACGACGGACCUGGCCCGGCAAGACCAAGGGCUUCCGAAUGCCCAUCGAAAAAGUCCCCGUCGGAAAACAGGGCCACUACAUCGCCUUCGACUGGUUCGGAAUGGUACUGCGCGGCUACCAACGAGCCCGCAAGAGCAAAACAGCAGUUGACGAACUCGAAGACACCCGCGACCUCCAACCCAACCAACCCGAAAAAAAGAAAUCAACCUCAACAACCGACACUCUCCAAAGCCUCCGCACCUCCCCAGACUUCGUCCUAGAACGCUUCCUCCGCCGCGAAGAAGCCCUCCGACCUGGCGCCGAACCCGUCCGAACAUUCGUAACCGGCAAAGGAGCCCGCGCAAAAGAAGAACCCGUCUACCGUCGCAAAGACGUACUCAAAUGCCUCUCCGCCGAAAGCUGGCACAAAGAAGGCCGCCAGACAAAACCAGGCGCCGUCCCGCUCAAACGCGUCCCUAUCCGCGCCGUCACCCUCCAGCGCAAGCGCGAAGUAGAAGAACUCCACCGCCAAACAGGCGAAAAACCCCUCCAAGGACUGUACGCGCGCGAACAAACGGAAUACAUCAUCCCGCCGCCCAUCCGCGAUGGACGGAUUCCGAAAAACGAGUACGGGAAUAUCGACUGCUUUGUGCCGAGUAUGGUUCCUGCGGGUGCGGCGCAUGUGCCGUUGUCCGGGACUGUACGGAUUUGCAAGAAGUUGGGGAUUGAUUAUGCGGAGGCGGUUACGGGGUUUGAGUUUGGGUCGAAGAUGGCUGUGCCGGUUAUUCAGGGGGUUGUUGUUGCCGAGGAGAAUGAGGGAUUGUUGAGGGAUGCUUGGAGGGUUGAGGCUGCGGAGAAGAGGAAGAAGGAGGAGUUGAAGGCUGAGAAGAGGAUUUUGCAGACUUGGAGGAAGUUUUUGUUUGGGUUGAGGAUUAUGGAGAGGGUGAGGGAUGAAUAUGGGGGGAGUGAUCCUGAGGGGGAUAGGGAGAGGGAGGAGCAUAAUCCUUUUGCUCUGAAGAAGGGGAAGAAGGAGGUGGAUGUGGGUGAGGAUGAGGAUGGGCAUGAUCAGGAGGAGGAAUAUAAUGCUAUCGAUCAUGGUGGUGGCUUCCUUCUUCCGGGAGAGGAGGGGGAUGUCAAUGAUGAGUUGGUUGUUGAGCAUCUGGAUCAAGAGAGUCGUGCACCCUCUGAACUUGAUGGUGACCCUGACGACGAGAUGGUUGAUGCUGCAUCUGAUGCGGAAUCUCCGCUCGAGUCUCUCGCUUCGGAUCUUGUGGACAAGCUGGAUGACGAGGAUGAAGACUCAGGGCCUGAAUAUGAACCUCGCCCGACGCGGCGGACGCGAGGUCGCUGA